AAAUCAAGGCGAGAAGCACGUGCGUGUGCAUAACAUCGCAUUUCCGUAUGUAUGUAAGUGUCAGGCGCAGGGAUGCGCUCGAACGACGGAACACUACUCACUCCAAAUGCAUCUCCUUGAUUCGCUCGAUCACCUCUUGCCUGCACGUCUGCCACCUCCUACCUCCCAAGACUACGGCCUUUUGACGUUUAAUGAUGGGGCCUCCGUCCGUGAGUCAUGAGUCGUCAUCAGUGUACGGCUACGAGGGCUCUCACUCAUCCGCGGAUCUGCAUUUUCCACUCGUUGUGUUCUGCCGUUCGAGUGCAUCUUUGUACGGCAUAAGGAACGCAUCCGUUGAAAUUCAUAACACUUUUCAUUCACAAUUAUUUGUUUGUUGUGUAUAUACGUAUAUGUAUGUAUGAGUUGUAUGUAUCUUUACUUUGAAUGAAUGAAAUGACAUCAUACCUAUUAUCCUCAAUUCUCAAUUUAAAAUCAAUCAACUUUUCAUUUAAUCACAGUCAUUGAUGGGACUCCUAACCAAAAGUGUCUAUGUCUCUAUCAAAAUCAAAUAUUUUAUAAAUAAAAAAUAUUAAAAUAAAAUAAAAAAUAAAUGAAUAAAAAUGAAAAAAGAUUAUUAAAAAGUCUAUAUUAAAAGAGUGUGUGUAUGUGCCAAACAAAAUUUCUUUCCAAAUGGAUUUAUCGCUCUUGAUUCAUAUUAUUACUAUCAGCUAUUGCUAUUGCUGCGGGAAGAGAAGAAUGAGAAAGGGCAAUUACCAAAUAUUGCUGCUUUCUACUGCUUCCUUCUUCUUAUUAUUACAAAGAAUAAUUUAAGAUCGAACGAAGAGCCGGAAGCGGAAAGGGUGUGUCGAGAGAAAAAGAGAGUAGAGUCAUGUCGUACACGCCACCGGGGAGCCGUCGAGCACGAGAGAGAAGUGGACGACGACCAGAGGAAUUCGGAAAUAAGAGAACCAGGAUGGAGAGGCGUGGAAGGUCACAGUUCAGGCACCAUCCUUUCCCGGAGUUUGAUACCGGGGACGCCAGGAUGGAGGGCCCAUCGUAUCUUUCAUUCCAAAUCGUCGAGAGGGUGGAACAAGAACCCUUGGGAGUUCGCCGAUUCAACCAUGGAGGAGAGCCAGAAGGGUCAUCGGAAGUGGUAAGGAGAGCCAGCUCUGUGGAAGAAGAAAGUGCCGUGAGUCCGACAACAGAACCGAUCGUGUCACCGAAUGCUUGGACAGAUUCAAUCGGAUUAAGAAUAUGCCAAAGUAAGCUGGAAACUAUACGAUCCGAUGGUGCUGAAGUGGUGAUGCCUUAUCGAUGGCCGGCCUAUCGCAGGAAGAACGAGAGUCAGGAGGAAUAUGAAAGUCGGCUCGCUGAAUAUGAGUUGGAGACCUUCCUAAAUCUCCAAGAGUCACUGACAACGAUAGCUUUGGAAAAGGUCAGAGCUAAACAGCGAAGAGCAAUGAAAGAUAGGAAGAAACCAGUGCUCCGGAAAGAGGACAUGGAGAGUAGAGAGCCAACACCAAGGGCCCAAUUGUCGUUUCGCAGGCAUCCCAUGGUGCUAUGAUGAUGUUGUAGAGAGCAACGAGACGAGCAUCGGGAUCAAUGAAACAGAAGACGUGGUCAUCGAGCCCAUUAGUGAAGCAUCGCUGAAGGAGGAGGAGGGCAAAGGAACCAUGGACGAAGAAACGUCAGAGUCAUUGGGAGGAGAAGAA